AUGUCCCAAAGUAAUGAGCAGCCUGUGGACGAGCCAUUGCUGCGUCCCGCUCCUCCGAACACUCCGGCAGGUGACAGUGAUGGUAGUACUCUGGUGACCAAUAAUGGUCAUUGCGGAUCUGCGCAUAAAAAUACGGUCUGUGGGGAUUGGCCAAAGGGCAGCUGCUGCUCCCCAUUUGGCAUAUGUGGAAAUACAACUUCACACUGCGGCUACGGUUGUCAAUCAGGUGCGUGUCUUAGUGAAGACGCCCUCAAACCUCCUGCUCCUAUACGCUUUCGACCUAGCCGCCUACCCGGGCAAUUUCACGUCAUAGGUCGAUCUGGUGUACCUCCAAUGAUUGCCGUUCUUCUACAAAAUGGACGAGUUGCCUUUGCCGAUAAAGUUGAAAACUAUACCGAAGUGGUAUUAGAGAACGGGAGAUACGCCUAUUCUACGGAGUUUGACCCGAUAACGAGUUCGUUGGCUCCUCUAAGUUACAAGACAAACGUAUUCUGCAGUGGUGGAACUUUCCUAGCAGAUGGACGGGUGCUAUCCGUUGGAGGGAACGGUCCAUUGAAAUGGAUGGAUCCGACCGUUGAUGACGGCUUCAGAGGGAUUCGAUACCUAGAACGGCGGUUUGAUGACGACAAUUUCGAUGGAACACCCUGGGAAGAACCUGGGCAUCAAUUGUCGACAGGUAGAUGGUAUCCAACCGUACAGACCCUUUCUGAUGGCCGGGUGUUCGUGGUCUCCGGUAGUUUAAAUGGCGAUGAUCCAAGUGUCAUGCAGAACAACAACCCAACAUAUGAACUUCUUGACAAAAAUGGAUUCCCAUCUGGGAACAGUGUCGAACUAUCCAUUCUUGAUAAAAAUCAACCAUACUAUAUGUAUCCGUUUCUCCACCUCUUAAAUGAUGGCACCGUGUUUAUUUUCGUUUCCAGGUCAGCAGAGGUUUUCGACGUGGACGCUGGAGUUACCGUUAAGACUCUUCCAGACCUACCCGGAGAUUAUCGAACAUAUCCAAACACGGGAGGAAGCGUACUUUUGCCCCUUCGGAGUGCAAACGGAUGGGAGCCGGAAAUCAUUAUUUGUGGUGGCGGCGCUUUCCAAGACAUCGACAGUCCUAGCGAUCCAACGUGUGGACGUAUCCGACCUUUAUCAGAAGAGCCUAGAUGGGAAUUAGAAGCCAUGCCAGGCGGAAGAAUCAUGAGUGAAGGGAUUUUAUUACCUGAUGGGACUGUCAUCUGGAUCAAUGGCUGCAGAAAUGGUGCUCAGGGGUAUGGCAUAGCGGAGAACCCUAUCUACAAUCCUUGGAUUUACCGUCCGCAAGCGCCUCCAAAGAAGCGAUGGGCUAUCGGAGGGACAAGUGAAGUGCCGCGGAUGUAUCACUCUGUGGCCCUCCUAUUGCUUGAUGGGACCGUCCUUGUCGCAGGAUCCAAUCCCGUCGAGCAACCUCUUCUGGUUACAAACCCCAACGAUCCAAUGCUUGCCUUUCCCACUGAGUUCCGCGUUGAAAUAUACACGCCUCAUUACUUUAUGGACGGAAAAGCUGACCGGAGACCACGCAAAAUUGUAAUUUCGAGCAGAUAUCUUGAGCCGGAUGGCAAUUUUGAUAUCACUUUCCAUAACCGACGGCCAGCGCGAAAGCUGUCAAUUGUGCUUUACCACGGGGGAUUCGUCACCCAUAGUGUUCAUAUGGGGCAUCGAAUGCUCUACUUAGAUCAUCAAGGAUGGAAAUCCUGGAGGAAGAAGCAAAAGGUAUCAGUUAAGAUGCCACCAACUUCUAGUGUUGUCCCUCCGGGUCCUUAUGUGAUUUACAUAGUCGUCGAUGGCAUACCGGGUGAAGGGCAGUUUGUGAUGGUGGCAUGA